AUGGGGCCCGUAAAGAAAUCCGCACAUGCACGUCGACGAUGGCGAUUCCGUGCGAUCAACAUCAAACAUCGUCUAGAGAGUGUCUUCCCGAAUAGUGCCAACCCCUUGACAAUAACCUAUGCUUCGGCCAAGCAACCAAAGCUACCGCUUACAUUCAUGCUCUCAAAAGCAGCGGUCGUUGGCGGCUCAUUAGCAGAUCGCGCUGGUCUUCGGGACGGAGAUAUCAUCGAUCAGUUAGAGGGUCUUGGGAAUCUCGACAUCAACGCCGUCGAUCGUCUCCUCGUCACCUCACGCGAUAAAAUCGAACUCGUCGUACAC